AUGGCUAAAAAAGUAUUAGGCUUUGCUCAACUUGCAACUCUAAUAGUUGUGUUGUCACCGUCUUCAAUUUACGCCAACGUUGGACCAGGAGACAACGCAGCGGAAUUUACCACGCUGUGUCAACUAAUUUCGCUAGCAGAAGGAGCAGCACAGCCUCCAGCGGCGACAACGGCUCCAAGCGCCGAAUACGACGAACUCAUGAGACUAAACAUGACUCUAAGCGACGAAGCUUGGCACGAUAUGUUCAUAAAAAGUAAAGCCGACAAAACAUGGCACGACGCAAUACCCGCCACCGCGAAGGACCCGGGCGGAUGGGCCGAAGCCUGGCCGACCUGGAGGAAGGCAGCGGAAGAGCUAACACAAGAAGAUAAGAUGGCCAACAUCAAAAGCCUAAACGUCAAUGCAGCAAACCCUAAACAGAAAGCAAUGAUAAUAACGGAAAUACGCAAAAUGGCAGACGCAGCGCAGGAACUCAUGAAAAAGAGGCAUACGCUCGACAAAAGCAUCGAAAAGCCGCCACAGGAGUAUGCCGCGGCUUUAAAAACUUUGGCCUACGGCGACAAAACCAAAAAUAGAAAAACCGUAACGGCCGCCGACGCGUUCAAAGGCGGCAGCACCAGCUUCAGCACUGACUGCGGCGGGGCGGCGGCCAGCAACAAGAUAAAAACAGUCGCAGCCACGAUAACUUGCUUGUGCCACAAAGCAAAUACACAAAACGAAGACCAGGUGUGCGGACGAACAGUUAAGAUCACGACAAACACAUGGACCGUAAACGGCGCGAUCGGCAGCGCAGGGGUCAUAACGGAGCCCCUAGGCUUUUGCAGCGUAGAGCAAGGCACCGACUUAACAAGCUCGGAAAUCACAGCAAUCCUACGGCAGCUUAAAAGCUUAAUCAAAGUCACAUCAAACGACGGUAUACUAGGCGCCUCAGACAAUGGCAGCUGCGAUGCGGACAAAACUCACGGCAUCUGCAUCAAGUUAACCAACUGGGCGGCCGACGGUAAAGUCGACAUAACGAAAUUAGAGUGGGCAAAGCAAGCAGUCGAGCUAGCAAAGGAGCUCAGCAGAAGAGAACACGCAGCGGCAUCAGCAGCAGAAAUAGACAGCGCGAUCAGGAACUUGCACAGACAGGCGUUUCGCACGACGCUCUACACAGCGCACAUACAGCACAACCCGCAUCAGACAGCAACGCCCUUAGAUUCAACUUCAAAAAACGAUAAAGGAAUGGAAGACAAGAAGAAAGAAUGCGAGAAACACAAAAACAACAAAACUUCUUGCACAAAUGCUAAAUGUAUAUGGGAAGGAAAAGAUGGUAAAUCUGACACAGAAGGCGAAUGCAAACCUAAAGAUGGAGGCAAAGGUACAGCCCAAACAAAUGCAGGAACAGGAGAUGGAACUGCAGGGACAGGUCCAAAUUGCGCUAGCCAGACUAAAAAAGAGGAUUGUGAAAAGGAAAAUGUUGGAAAAACAACCCCUGUUUGCGGCUGGAGAAUAGGCAAAGAUAAUGAACCUGAUAAAGAUAAAGAAAUGUGCCGAAACGGUAGUUUUCUAGUAAACAAACAAUUCGCCCUCAGCGUGGUUUCUGCUGCAUUUGUGGCCUUGCUUUUUUAA